GGGGCGGGACAAGAUCACACGACUCAGCCAGCUCGCGUUAGACAGCUCAGUGUGUAAACAAACAUGGCAGUCGGCAAAGGUGUGGACGACUCCUCCAGCAGCGCCCCGGAGGUGGGCUCUUCGGAUCCUAGUCAGCCGAUUUUGCCCACUGUCCUGCACAUGAUUGAGGACAACACUCUGCACUUCAAGAACGAUGACUCUGAGUACGGCCAGCGCCUGCACAGUGGCUUCCUCGUGCUUAAGGAGAACAUGGACAAAGUGACGACGUUGUCCGAGGCGCUCAGGAAGGAAGCCCAUUUGUAUGACUUUGAUGAGAACACCCCCGGCAAUGGCUUCAGGAGCUUCAAUAACAUCGUGCACCAGGCUGUGGUGUCCGUGUUCACUCUGUGCAAGCACGUGUGUACGGGGCGCGACUCCCUGCUCUUCAGGAAGGGACACUACGUCAGGGAGGUGGAGGCGUGGGGCCAGACUCUUGCGUCCCUGGUGGUGCUCCUGGAAUACAUUGACUAUGUGCUGUUGCCGCGCUGUGAGGAGGGCAACCUGCUGAGUGGCACUGGCAGCUCCCCCAACGAGUUGAUGUCCAUGCUGAACUCAGUGCCCCAGUACUCCUUUUAUGGGCGAUGCUGUGCUUUCCAUUAUGUACCUUCUCUGCGCAAGAUCCUGAAAUACUUGAACAUCUGCCUGAGUGCAUUCAGUGAAGUAUACUAUGCAGACGGCAGCAGCUUCAUGCAGAGGACAAAGAACACAGUGAUGCUAGGCAGUCGCUAUGUGGUGGACGCUGAGCUGCGGUCGCGGCGAAUUGUUGACGUGGUGCAGUAUUCAUCAGUGGAGUUCAUCAAGACGUUCUGGUCUGUUGCCGACACAGAUAUCAUGACACAGGUGCCAGGGAUUGUCGGGCCCAGCCUGGCGGUGCAGCAGGUGGUGGUGGUGCCAUGUGAGGAGCAGCAGAUCAUGAAGGUGGACGGCACAGCCACAGUGGUCAUCCCGCCACCACACUCCCACAUCAAGGCGUGUCCCAUCACCUGUCACCUGCUGUCAUCCAAGAUGCACGAAGGCAUGGUAGGCAGAAAGCCUGGAGAGAAGGAGGCGAAGGGCGUGGGUGUGGCUCCUCCCUCAGACUGCCUCCUCAUCCACUGCCACGGUGGCGGCUUCGUCACACAGUCCACCAAGGCACAGGAGGUAUUCCUUAGAGAGUGGGCAGCCAGCAUUGGAGUUCCCAUUCUCUCCAUUGACUACUCCCUUGCUCCCGAGGCCCCCUACCCACGGCCACUGGAGGAGGUGCUCACAGUCUACUGCUGGGUGCUCAGUAACUUGAAGAUCUUGGGCUGCACAGGGAAGAAGAUUGUCCUCACAGGUGACAGUGCUGGUGGUAACUUGAUAACUGGACUCACCAUCAAGUGUUUGGAGCUUGGGCUGCGUCCGCCAGAUGGCCUCUUCUUGGCCUACACACCCUUCAUGUUUGAGCUGGUCCCCUCACCAGCCAGACUGCUUGCUGUCAUGGAUCCAAUGCUGCCUCUUGGGUUUGCUCUCAGAUGUCUUAAAGCUUAUGCUGGCGUACCAAGUCAGCAAGUGUCUCGGGCCACCACUCCUGGAGAUUCAUCACAGCCAGCUCCUUCUCAGGUGGCCUCCUCCCCUACCACACCUUCCAUGGCCACCCCCUCCCAGGCCAUGCCCUCCACGGCCUCCAACAUGUCCACCACCUCAGAGAGCAACGGCCUCCCUAAUGAGACUCCAGCAGCUCGCACUGUGGGUCAGAGCAAGGCAAUCUCCGACACUCAGAGUGACACCGAGUCCUUUGUGGAAGUGUCAGAGAGUGACGUGAAGGAUGCAGAGUUGAUGGUCAAAAGUCCUUCAUUUCACUCUGAGCCAGGUUCUGACACUCUCACCACUGUCUCACUCACCUCUGAAGCAUCCAAGCUAGAGGAGUCUACCAGAAACAGUAAUGGCAGUGGGGACCAGAAGCCUGAGGAGAAAGAGGAGCGCUCCAGAAGAUACGUAACAGAGUUUUUGGAAAAGUACGUCCUUGAUUCUCGAACAGACAAACAAGGCAGAAAAGUACCAAUCCUGCGAACCGGCAGUGAAGAGAGCGAACAAGAGGACGAGACUGUGUUAUACGAGGCCCCGGGUGUUGGUGCAGGGAUCACAGCCAGGCUGGGGCGGGCCAGGGAUGCUGUGGUGAGUGGCAUCUCGGCUGGCCUGACGUCGUUUGGUCUGCGCAGAAAGGAGAGUGUUUCCUCACCCACCUCUCCCGUCAAGCCUGGACCAGCAGAAGAAAAUUCUAAAAGACAAUCAGUGAGCCAGAUUCUGCUGGGCAAGAACAACAUUUCCCGUAGGAACAGCCGCUGCAGUCUGAUGGAGGAGUUCACCGGGGUGGAGCUGCUCAAUGACCACUACCUCAGCCCCCUCACAGCUCCAAAAGAGAUCCUGGCCAAGUUUCCUCCAUGUGUUAUCCUUACUGUGGAGUAUGAUUUCUGCUUGGAUGAUGGUGUUACAAUGGCCAAAACUCUCAAGUCACUGGGAGUCCCUGUCACGCUGGACAUCUUGCAUCAACUGCCCCACGGUUUCCUCAGUCUGUCCAUGGUGUCCCAGGAUGCUCACAUGGGCUGCAAGAGAUCAGUUCGCCACAUCAGGCAACUCCUGGGACUGGACGACACGCCCGGUUCCCCCACCGCUGCUGAUGCUGCCGCCGCCGCAGCCUCCAACAAUGCUACUGACAAAGUCACCUAAUUUGAAGAGAUCUACCACUUUUGUUUUUAUCUAAGAGAGGAGGUUAGCUUAUUAUGGUUUAUGAUUCAUAGCUUUGCAGUAUUAGAAUCCUUUACAUAGAAGAGAUGUAUUUUAAUAUUUUGUUACUUUUAUUUUAUCACAGGCUUUAAUUUAUUUAAGAUUCAUUUAAAAUAUAUAAUUUUAGCAAUACAAAAGAAUAAUUCUGAAUCUCAGUUUUCUUUUAGUCAGUGCCAAAGAGGAGAAUAACACAGUGUUUGAAAAUAUUAAUGUGCAAAACUAUUCGGGAGCAAAAAUUGUCACAACACUCCCACCAAUAUAUGUAGGCAUUAGGAGAUUUAUAGGUUCCAAUCCAAGAGCCAUGCAUUCAUGUCCUGAUUUAAGAAUAGAUUUUAACUACAAAAAUUCUAUACAAGUUUAUUACAGAAAGUUUUCAUCUUUACUGCAAGUAUUACUUUGUUGCCUCAUUUGUUGCAAAGUUUGUUUCACGAGCUCUUUAUCUUUAUUGCUUGCACCUUGUUACCACAUUAGGAAUAGCAGAGGAAUGAUUUCCUGAUAAGCAUACAUGUUAUAUAACCUGUUAUGUAUGAGAGUACACAGGAGUGUCCAAGGUGAUCAUAUGAUCCUUGGUGCUGUAUCUGACUUCCUUAAGGCUGAGUUUUGCAAUGUUUUUAAUGUGUCAACCGUUCUCAUUUUCUAUUUUUUAUAACAAUGAUUUUUAAAAAUUUCUGUUGAUCCAACACAUGAAAAGAAGUUUUAUAUUUAGUUUUUGUUAUGGAGGUAAUAAACCUGUGAAUGGCUGUUUUAUCAUAUAUGAAGAUUUAUACUUUAAGAACAAUUCUUGAACAUGUUACAGUUGUUCUAGUCACUGAAUGCUGACAUAGAUGGAAAUGAAAUCAAAGUUACUCACUACAGACUCCUUGUGAUAAGCAUUAGAGCUCUGACAUACUGUGGCUUCUAGUCCUCAGUUUUGUAGGUGAUCAAUGUUUUAUGUAUUACUAGCUGAAAAUUGUUCAGGAUUUAUUCUGGCCAUGUAGUGCUCUGUAUAGUCUUUCUUUUUAUUCAUGGGUUAGAGUUGGGCUUUAUUUAAUGAAAUUUUACUACAGUAAAGCAGCAUGGAAAAGUUGCAUGAAUAAUGAACUAGACAUUACAGAUGAAUGAAGUGAUCACUGUGUAUUACUGGCAAUACAAGUGUUUUGUAUAAGAUAUGUGAGGGAAGUGUUUUGGGGAAAUAUGGGUAUUCACUCACAGAGAUCCUUGCUGCUAUGUAUACUCAGAUUAUUAGCAUAAGUUUAACAAUUGUAAAUACUCAUGCUUUUUUAGGUUUAUGCAGUACGUGCAAUUUGGUUUUGUCAAACUCAUAAUGCAACAAACAGUUAUGGAACAGCAGCCUUCAUUGAAUCUGUAUACAGAUCUUCACAUAAAAUGAACAGUAGAAGAAGCUGCUGAUAAGAAUCUGUCAAAGAAUAUUUCCGUAUAUAAUCCCAACAUUGUCAGCUUUAGAAAUAGAAGCUCUAGCUUAGUUAGAUAGAAAGUGCUUUGUGUAAGAUGGAAUCUCUUUUUACUUGUGAUACAUGUAUAUUCACAACAGAGGUGCUGCUGUAGAUGCAAACCACAAAGCAGAGUUCUAUUUUGUUACUUUGGUUUAAAGUUUUUCUCCUUGCUUACCUUGGGAAAGACUUUUAUGAUGUGUAAACCUCACAGUUGUGUCAAGGUCUGUAUCCUCAUAAUGAGAUGUUGAUACCCUGCCAAUGCAUAGUGCCAGUGGUGUACCAUGACAACCAACAGCAUAAUGAUGUAGCAUAAUAAGCCACAGCAUAAUGGUGUAGCAUAACAAGCAAUAGCAUAAUGGUGUAGCACCAUCGUGCUGUUCAUUGUAAAAAAGUGAACACAGUAAUGGUGCAGCAAAAGCAGCAGCAACUGUGAGCAGAGUAAGGUUUAGUUCACAUGCAUUCUGUGUUGUAUUGAUUCUGUGUGUUACUGUGACAAAGAGGAAUUAGUGAGUGGUGGUUGAUGUGUAUGCCAGGUGAAGAGGGAGAAACAUUUACUGAGCUGUGAGGAUGAUAUUUAUGGUAUGCCAUAUUUAUAUUAAGCAUAACGUGCUUAAUUACUUACCAGUUUGAGUGCAAUUUUAUACAAAUACAGUAACCCCUGACUAAGUCAGACCAAUUGGAGGGAAGGCCAAUCCGAAGUAUCCGAAAAUUGGAGUUACCUGAGGGAUUAUUUUCUUCCCAUUUUACACACUAGUUACCACUAACAGCUCAUAUGAUCUGUGUAUAUACAUAUAUGACAAACACACACACACAAACACAAACAUAAACACACAUACACAUACACACAGAAAAUAUAUCCCUCACAGGAGCAAAAAGUUUUGGUAAACAUUGGCUUAACCCCUUCAAUACGGUGACGCCUAUGUGGGCGUCAUGAAGCCCCAGUAGCAAAUAUGGUGACGCCUACGUAGACGUCAUAUUUCUUUUCUGAGCUUUCUUCAGUUCAGUUGUCCCGUAUAG